UUGACAGGUCUCACUCUCGUUGAACUCCACCGUAAGGGUUUAACAGGGUUUUUACUGAGCUCAAACACGCACGCGAAGGAGAGAGGGAGGAGAGAGAAAUGGAAGGAGCAGUGCGGAUCCGUGUAUUGUUCGAAGGUCACCGUCUCCUGAGCAAGUCUCAGAAAGCAGAGGGACUGAAACGCUGUUGGCUCCUUCUCACACCAAACCUCACCACCAUCGCCCACCUCUCUCAUCAUCUCAUUCAUACUUUCAACCUCCAAAAUACUUGUCCUCAUCGAUUGCUCCUUUCAAUGGACGGUUUUGUUCUACCAUCUUUUGAAUCUAGUGCUAUUUUAAAGGAUAAGGAUAUUAUCAGGGUUAGUAGGACGUUAGAGACCUCUACAAAGGAAAUUGGGAUGGGAUGUGAUAAAGAUCUUGUUAAAGGUUCUGAGAUCAUGCAGAAGCUACCUGUUUCAGCAGUGAAACUCCCUGCAAUGGAGGAGUUUGAAAAGGAGACCAGAGGAUACCAGAGUGAAUCUGAAGAUCCUCCUGAGGAUACAAUGCGCCCCAAAAAAUCAUCAAGUAAAGAUGGGACCUCUCUGAAGAAAAGGAAGCGUGCAGAUAAGCUUCAGAACUCAAAGAAGAAGAAAAGAAGAUCAAGUACUCUUGUGCAAAAUAAGAUCGAUUGUUCUCAAGAAAAUGAAGGUCUAUUGAGAAACAAUUUUCUUAAAAAUGGCAGUGACUCCCUUUGCGAACAUAGGCCUAAGAUAAAUGUCCUAAAAGGUGUUACCAGGGAUAGCAGUAAUCUUGCUGAAGCCACGCCCAUUGAUUCUGAUAAGAGUAGUGGUGUGAAAGUUAACAAACGAAAGACAAAACAGCAGUUGUCUCCUGUAGAGGAUGGGGAGAUUCAACCUUGUGAUAGUGUUGUCUGUAAAUCCUCGGAAAGGCUUGAUCAAUCUGAAGGCAGUCCAAAGUAUGUCAAUACCUUGAGUUCAGUGCCUGGUACAAAAAAGCUUCCUAGCAGAAGUGCUCGUCGUAAGAAAGCCAAAAGGCAAUGGCUGCGGGAGCUAGCUAAAAACAACAGCAAAGUGGAGCUUCAGAGCCAUUCACCAGAAAAGGCAAUUCAAAUAGAAUUUUCGAAGCCAAGGGAAUCUGGUCAAGUUGAGGAUGAAGAUGAGGAUGAAAUAGUUCCUGUGGUGGUUAAACCGGGACACGUUCGCUUUAAGCCUGCUGGUAAAGUUACUGCAGAUCCAGAGGAUCGACAGGUUCAAGAAACAAUGGGAGUUCUUCAGUGGAAUGGAAUAACUAGCAAGAAGAAGGGUCAGAAGUGGGGCAAGGAGAAUGGACAAGCACAUAAAGAAAAGGUCUGGGAUAACCUGAAUGAUUGGCAGGAUUCAGGAGAGAGAGAGAUGAAUGUUGAAGGUGAGCCAACACAAGAACUUGUGGACUUUGAAAAGCUUGAGCCCAUAACUCGCUUUCCUCAGGAAGGUGAUGUCAUUGCAUAUCGUCUGGUAGAAUUGUCUUCUUCAUGGUGCCCUGAGCUUUCUCCUUUCCGGGUAGGGAAGUUCUCCUGUGUUCCAUCAUCAGGAAAGGUGAAAUUAUUGCCUCUUCUGGAGCAUCCAAUCGUAUUAGGUGAAAAUAAAACAGAGGAAGAUGAUGGUUUUCCAUCUUAUUCUUCCUCAAAUUAUAAUGAAGAUGGCUCAUUAGAGAUUGAGUUUACAUCCCUUGUUGAUGUCCGCCUGCUCAAUCAUCAAAGAUCAGAUCAACUACAAAAGCCAAAGGAUCAAAUUCUUAGUGGGGCAACAGACAAGGAUGCUGUGAACAACAAAGCAGCUGUCUCAGUUACGAAUUCCGGACAUAGAGUUGAAGAUUUUCCUUCUCCUGUCCAUGUCAUUCCUUUCACAGAGAAUGGCGAGCAGACAAAGGUUUGGGAUGAAAUAACUCAGGCAUUGAAGGAGAAAAAGGCACAACUGUUGCAUAGGGAGAAUGGGGUCCCAAAAGAGACAACCCAGAGAAAUGCAUGGUCCUAUAAGGCCUUAAGGAGCAGUGCACUGGGCCCUACAAUUUCUUUCCUGAGGGCACAGAACCAUCUGACAUGUUGACAGUAGAAAAUGCCGAGAACUUUUCGCCAAUAUGUUUGGGCGCAGUUGUUGAGACCAGUUAAAUCCAUUAUGCUGUUUCUCAUAUAGGAAGAAUGGGAAUUUUGUAGUGUUCCCAGUGUUUUGUAAAUUUUAGUUAUGGCCUGCUCUUAUUAUAUUUGAUGUAAUCUGUUCUCUACCAA